UGCCUACGUACCCCCUCUAUUUGCCUCGUAUUCCAUUUCCAGAAUUUCGACUGUCAACAUCGCGGUUGCGAGGUGCUCGUAGUAAGACCAAACGUUACUAUUCCCUUCAAAUACUUCCUUGCUGCCGUUGAAAUUUGAUAUUGUUGCGAAAUUUGAUUUCUUUUUCGACGCGUAGUCCUCAUUUUCAAACAAACGAAUUCCAUUCAAUGUUCAACUGAGUCACGAGAGUUUCGUAUUCUGCUCUUGCUAACCCGAGACCUUUGUUUCGUCAAUCUAAAAUUCUCUAGACUUUUUGUUGUUGAUUGUGCCCGGAAGAGAGAAAUUAAGUUGCCGCGUCACUCGAGUUUUCUCGAGUUAAAGAACAGCUUUGCUGAAGAUAUCUUCCGUGAGUUGACCCAUCAACUGAAAGCUACGGGUGGCCUUCGAGAAGCCACAAGGAAACCAAGAGGAUUGUUUUGUAUUCGAAUGCUGAGCCUCUACGAUUAAAUCAAUGCAUUAUUAAUUAAAACGACCGGAAGCUGAGUUGACACAGCAGUUGAGGUUUACGAGAAUUUCGCUAGUUUUUCUUGUAUGCAAACAUCCGUGCGGACGUCACGAUCCUUCUAAUAACACAAUCCUUAAUCGGUGUUCAACAUGCGCGCAGCACGUGAUGCGGCCAAUGCGAGAGCGCCUCACGCCGCUCCUUUGCCAACGGUCUGCAGGCGAACAUGUGACGGUCGGGUGUUUUCCGCACAAUAGGGAGCUCAAACAAAAGACAGGACUGUACUUUGGUCUGAGUCAGUGCGACUGACAGAAUAUCUUCCUCCUAUCACGUUCAGCUUUGACAGUCAGUUCUUCUUGGGAGCGUGCGCGAGAAGGUUGUGGUGGCGGCACGGGGAGCGGUGUGUUGUGUUCGUAGCUGGCGAGGAGAGCGUGCGAGACGUACGCUGACUGUAAAUACUACUGAUUGACAUCGUACAUACACACUCUCGAGAUGGCUGAUGUAGCGUCGUCCACUGGCAGUAUGAUCGUAGUAUCGAACAGAUUACCUUUCGUUUUAAAGCGAAAUGCACUGACACAAUUAUUGGAACGAAAGGCCAGCGCCGGCGGUCUUGUAACUGCUGUAGCACCUGUAGUAAUACAGAGUGGCGGAUUGUGGGUGGGCUGGCCAGUUCAUAUAAACGCUGAUGUGUUUGAUUCAUAUUACAAUGGUUGUUGUAAUGGUACAUUUUGGCCCUUGUUUCACUCAAUGCCAGAUAGAGCUGUCUUUUCUGCAGAUAAUUGGAAGUGCUAUUAUGAUGUGAAUCAAUUGUUUGCGGAUAAAACCAUUGAAGCAUUUGACAAGCUGAUAGCUGAACAGGGAAACAGUGCCGGAACUCCGUUAAUAUGGAUUCAUGAUUACCAUUUGAUGUUGGCUGCAAAUUGGGUUAGACAGGUGGCUGAAGAAAGGGAUCUUCGUUGCAAAUUGGGUUUCUUUUUACAUAUUCCUUUUCCCCCAUGGGAUAUUUUUCGCCUUUUCCCAUGGGCUGAUGAAAUUCUGCAAGGAAUGCUGGGUAAUGACAUGGUUGGUUUUCAUAUUGAAGACUAUUGCCUGAACUUUGUGGAUUGUUGUCAGCGAAGGCUAGGCUGCCGAGUGGAUCGUAAAGCUCUUUUAGUAGAACAUGGUGGCCGCACAGUCAGGGUUCGACCUCUCCCCAUAGGCAUCCCAUAUGAUCGCUUUGUUCAACUUGCAAGUAAUGCUCCCAAGGUAAUGCUGACCAAUCAGAAGAUUAUCCUUGGUGUUGAUCGCUUAGAUUACACAAAAGGCCUUGUUCACAGAUUAAAGGCAAUAGAGACUCUAUUUGAAAAAUAUCCUGAACACAUUGAAAAGGCAACAAUGUUGCAAAUAUCCGUCCCUUCACGCACAGAUGUGAAAGAGUAUCAAGAUCUGAAGGAAGAAAUGGAUCAACUUGUGGGACGCAUCAAUGGGCGUUUCACAACUUACAACUGGUCUCCUAUUCGUUAUAUAUAUGGUUGUGUCAGCCAAGAUGAAUUGGCAGCUUUUUACCGGGAUGCAGCUGUAGCUCUUGUCACACCUUUGAGAGAUGGCAUGAACCUGGUGGCCAAGGAGUUCGUGGCGUGCCAGAUCAACGAGCCGCCCGGCGUGCUCAUCGUGUCGCCCUUCGCCGGCGCGGGCGAGAUGAUGCACGAGGCGCUCAUCUGCAACCCCUACGAGAUCAACGCCGCCGCCGAGGUCAUCCACAGGGCUCUUACAAUGCCAGAAGAUGAAAGGACCUUGCGAAUGAACUACCUGAGAAGGCGAGAGAAGCUUCAUGAUGUGAACUACUGGAUGAGGUCUUUCCUCAAAGCGAUGGGUUCUCUCAUUGAGGAAGAUGGAGACGAAGUCAGGCCCACUACGAUGCAACCUGUCACAAUGGAUGACUUCGAUGAGUACCUUGCUAAAUACAUUGGGCACACACAUAAAUUAGCUCUACUGUUGGAUUAUGAUGGCACCCUGGCACCUAUUGCCCCACAUCCUGAUCUGGCUAUCAUGCCUGAAGAAACCAAGAAUGUUCUUGAGAGAUUGUCCAAUAUGCCAGAUGUGUAUAUUGCUAUCAUAUCUGGACGAAAUGUCAACAAUGUGAAAUCCAUGGUUGGGAUUGAAGGUAUUACGUAUGCUGGUAGUCAUGGUUUGGAAAUCCUUCAUCCUGAUGGAAGCAAGUUUGUACAUCCCAUGCCUGUGGAAUUUGAAGACAAAGUUACUGAAUUACUAAAAGCUCUGCAAGACCAAGUGUGCAAGGACGGCGCGUGGGUGGAGAACAAGGGGGCGCUGCUGACGUUCCACUACCGCGAGACGCCCGUGCAGAAGCGCGAGGCGCUGGUGAGCAAGGCGCAGCAGAUGAUCGUGGCGGCGGGCUUCAAGGCCGGCGCGGCGCACUGCGCCCUCGAGGCGAAGCCGCCCGUGCAGUGGAACAAGGGCCGCGCCUCCAUCUACAUCCUGCGCACGGCGUUCGGCGUCGACUGGAGCGAGCGCAUCCGCAUCAUCUACGCCGGCGACGACGCCUUAAAAGGUAUGGCAGCCACUUUUCGUGUCACUUCAUCGCAUAUCGUCAAGACUGCAGCAGAGAGAAGACUGCCUAGUACUGAUUCAGUGCUAACCAUGUUGAAAUGGGUGGAACGACACUUUUCUAGGCGUGAAGUACGGCGGGACCCUGAGUCAAAUCUCCUGUACAGAAGGCAAUCCAGUAGUAAAACAAAUGGUGGCUUGAAAACAGAAAUGUCUUACACACCAAAGGCUGUGACACCAGAACCAUUGUAGUAUGAAAAAGCACGGUAGUUUGUCCUGUGAAUUGCAAAAUUAGUUUGGGCAUGUUAGUUCAUGCAUGCAUUCAGUGCUGGAGGUGUUUCAUAAGAGGAUGAAAGAAAAUAAAAUCCUUUUCAAAGCUUUUGGGAGAUCAUGCAAGAUGUAAAUACAACACAAGCCAGCUCACUUAAUGUGUGGAUUGUCUGUGUGUGAAACAUUUGCUUUAAGAGUUCGAACUCUCAAUGCAUGUUAGGGUUGCAGUUUCAUUUAUUAAAUGAACAAUUAAGUGACUGAUCAGUUGAAGUGCAUAAUUAAAUUUAUAGACAGUAGGUCUUUACCAUUUCAUCUUCCUGGUGCAUUUCCUGUUUGUUCUUUUGAAGGGUGCAUGUAAUGUAGCUUUUAUUGAUGAACUGUAGACUACUAUCAGAGUUUGUACAUUAAGGUACUUCUGCUAUGAAAUAGCAAAUAUUUUGCUCCUAAAGCUCAGGCUGAUCACUUUUUGUGUUCAGCAGAGUAUUAUGUAUAAUUCGAGGAUUAGGACUGUAUUGACAAAUAUUUAAUGUAGGUUGUUACAAAGAAUGUUAAGAUGGAGAUAACAUUAUGACUGUAAAUUUCAGAAGCGUGUUUACGGAGAAUUUCCAAGAAAUGAAGUUAUUUGUUGUUUGUAUAAAAGAUCUGACAUUUUGUACAAUAUCUAUUUUUGUAAAUUAAAUUCUUUCAUAAACUUAGUCUCUACUACCUCUUUUUAGAAGAAUAUUAGAGAUUAAACUCUUGAACUAUCUUUGUUUCCUUUGCUUGUUUAACUAAUAUUCUGGACAAAGUGAUAAAGAAGAGGAAAGACCUGUCAUAAUUAUGUAGAUAAUUUGGAGUAUUUUUAUAACUGACCUACAAUGCUUAAUUAUUAUCCUGUCCAAAGCAUUACUUUGCAAAUACUCUUGAUCAGCAGUUUAAUAAAUUGAAAAUAUGUUUGGAAAUAUGUUUCACUAACUAAAGGAUGAAAAUUACUUUUCAUUGAAUAAAGUUUUAGUAUUUUGCAGACAGCUUGAAAUGAUGAUGAAUGUGUGCACAAACUCAAUUUUUAUGCUAGUCAGUCAUAUCAUGAAUUUCCAAGUACAGUACGGAUAUUUUUGACCACUCUUUGUGGCAUUCAGAAAUUGCAAUUGAUAAUUUGGAAGUCUCCAACUGUCAUGCAUGACAGCCUGAGUUAAAUCUGGAGUAAUAGUUUUGUAAUUACUGCUACUUUUGCCAGUGCAUACGAAACAUUUUUUGUUUCCUUACUAAUUAUUGAAUACAUAUCAAUUGAAAACUUUCUGGACAAUUUUUAGAUUUUGUGAUUGUUUUGUAAGUUUGUACUUUUUGUACCAUUUGGGAAUAGUAGCCGUUGCGUUAACAGUAUUCCAUAAAAAAUAGAUGAUUAACCUAAGGGUUUAGUUUCAAAAUAUUUGUCAAUGUUGUACUUUAGUUGGAUGUUGCUGUGAAUGUCGCAUUGAUGUACUUGUGAAAUGUAGAGAAACGAGAUUUUAAUAAGGGUUUUCAGAGUGAUUAAUAUAAAUGCUCCAUUCAUAACUAUAUGAUAUUUCCUUUAAGUUUAAUUUAUGUUGUGAUUUCAUUAUUGUUCAUUUGUUAUUAAUAUAUUUCAUGUAUUCUUUCUAAUAGGCCCCAUUUGGAGAUUAUUAAUAGAUUUAAAGAGAACUUCCAUGAGUUAGUAUAAUGAAAUUGGUUGAAAUUCUAACACUGCCUACAGAACAAUGCUUACUAUAUAUUUUCUAUACAGAACCGUUUUGAUUCUUAACUAAUAAAAAUAGUUAAAAAUAUAUUUUGUGAUAACAUACACAAUGAUUAUUAAAGUCAAUAAAUUCACAUAAAAUUUGGUCAAUUGUUAGUUAGGAAGUGGAGAAAUGUGUGUGUUUUUUGCCCAUAUGUUUAAAUAUUAAGUUCCAGUGUUUGUUUAGGUAUUUUGUUGUCAUGAAGUAAGCGAUGUACCAUCUGUCAUGGAUGAAUACUUUACAGGUUUGGAAUGUAAUUUCCAUGCCUUUUUUUUUUUAAGGAUGUUUAAGUUUGUUCAGUUGUAAAAUGUGUGUACUUUUACUAAAAAAAAAGUAACCUAACAUUGUGUUGUUCUGUUGAGUAUGUUUGGGUUUUCUUAAAUUACUUGCUUUAGAUUGGUUGGUUGAACACAUAAUCACCAAAAAAUAUAUUUUAUUCUUGUUGGAACUGU